GGGCCCAACCGGAGUCCGGAGCAUAGCUGCUCGCGGCGCCGGCGCGGCACCAACUCGCUUGAACCGAUGGGGCGGCUGCGCGCGUGCUCCCGUCUCUACCGCCUCCUCGAGAAGAGGCCGCCGCCACCGAGCCCCACUCCGCCGCGCGUGCCGCACCUCUGCCCUCGCGCAUCGCCCUUCUCAUCGGCCGUGGCGGUCGCGCCCGCCGUGCCCCAUGAUGCCCGCGACUCUGGCCUCGGGAGUUCGGCCUACUGGGCCUGGAUCCGGGCGGCGGCAGAGGCGGCUCCGGCACCCACGCCCCCACAGGAAGAGGAGGAGGAAGGCCUGGCGCGCUACAUCCCCGUCAAGGCCUACUUCCUCUCCACCAGCAUUGAUCUGAAGAGCAUGCAGGCGGAGCAUGGGGCUGACGUGGUGCCUCCAUCGACCCGAUCGCUAAACUACAUUGCGCUCCGAUACUCUGAAUUCCCUCCAGAGAUCAUGGACAUUGGAGUGAAGGAUAACAGAUUUUGCUAUCGCUAUGUGGUUGUCUUCCAAUAUGGCUCUGCUGUGCUUUUCAAUAUUGCUGAUCAUGAAGCUGAGCACUAUCUUGAUAUGAUCAGGAAUCAUGCUUCAGGUUGGCUUCCAGAAAUGAGAAAAGAUGAUUAUGCAGUUGUUGAGAAGCCAUCCUUGACAACAUGGAUGAAAGGAGGUCUUGAUUAUAUAGUUCUUAAAAGUUUAGACACUGAUGGAAUUCGCAUCAUCUCAAGUGUUCUCGGUCAAAGUAUUGCUCUUGAUCAUUACAUACGGCAGGUCGAUGAUAUGGUUGAGGAAUUUACUGAAAUCAAUCGUAUCAUGGAGAAGACUGGGGACUUCACAAUGAAAAGAAAGAAGCUGUUUCAACUUGUGGGCAAGGCUAAUUCUAAUCUUGCAGAUGUUAUCAUCAGGCUUGGCCUUUUUGACAGGUCAGAAAUUGCUUGGAAAAAUGCAAAUUAUGCGCAAAUCUUGGAGUACCUUCGAGAAGAAUAUGAACUGAAUCAACGUUUUGGAAGCCUAGAUUUCAAACUGAAAUUCGUAGAGCACAAUGUUCAUUUUCUUCAAGAAGUGCUCCAAAAUAGGCGAUCAGAUUUGCUGGAGUGGGGUGUCAUAAUACUACUGACAAUUGAGAUUGUGAUCUCACUGUACGAAAUUAUCAAGGACUCUAACAUGAUGUCCUGAGAGCACUCUCACUCAUUGGCGCGCAGUUCAUCAGUCACCAGCCUUGUUAUGCUAACUUCAGGCUCCGUCUCCUGUCUACAUUCCCUACUGAUCUCUAACCUCAGUUGAAAACAAGGGCUAUGUUUCCUCGAGCACUUUCCUGACUGCUCUGGUACUGCAGAGAGUGCAUUUUUAGGUUUCUUUUAUCUUUUUGUCCCCACUAAGAUUCAUAGCUGGCAAAGUCAGACAGGUAGUUCGGUCAUUAUCUAAUGACCAACAUUUUCAGGGCGAUGGGCUAGGGUGAACAGAGUUUUAGUUUUGCAAAGACGUCACGAAUAGAUGCUCUCUUGUGGACAAUGCUGCUGCCAGGGUUCUUUAGUGACAAGACACUGCUAGCAGCAAAGUAGCAGUUGCCCAUUAUCAGUUAUACUCCCUGCUUUUCCUAAUACUAUAAGGUGUAUCAGGAUUCCUUAGUAGUACAAGAUUUUGAUAAAUAUUUUGUUAAACAUGGUUUAUAUGACAUGGAAUGAUGAAAUCGGUAAUUGUGAUUUCA